UUCAGAAAGCUGAAAUUGAGAGAAUGGUUAAGGAAAUGCUUUCCAUGGGUAUAAUCCGACACAACAACAACCCCUAUUCUUUCCUAGUCAUAUUGGUAAAGAAACAUGAUGGCUCAUGGAGGAUGUGUGUAGAUUAUCGGGCUUUGAAUCAGCUUACCAUUAAGGAUAAGUACCCAAUUCCUAUAAUUGAUGAGAUCUUAGAUGAACUACAUGGUGCACAGGUAUUUUCCAAGCUCGACCUGCGAUCUAGGUAUCACCAAGUUCGAAUGAGCCCGGAAGAUGUGGAAAAAACAGCAUUUAGAACUCAUCAAGGACACUACGAAUUCCUGAAUGUACAGGAAACAGAAUUCUUCACGGAGUAUGGGGAGGCGAGUCGAUAUCAGGUUCAAGAAGAAAUAGGGAAAGGUAGUUAUGGUGUGGUGGGUCCUGCAAUUGAUACCCAUACUGGAGAAAACGUUGCAAUCAAGAAGAUCAAUGACGUUUUUGAACAUGUCUCUACACGAAUUCUUAGAGAAAUCAAGCUUCUUCGGCUGCUUCGCCAUCCCGAUAUUGUUGAAAUAAAUCAUAUAAUGCUCCCUCCUUCUCAUAGAGAAUUUAGAGAUAUCUAUGUUGUUUUUGAAUUGAUGGAAUCUGACCUUCACCAAGUGAUUAAGGCUAAUGAUAAUCUGACAGUUGAACAUGAUCAGAUUUCCCCGUAUCAGCUCCUCCGUGGCUUAAAAUACAUUCACACAAGUUUCAGGACCACUGAGGUGACAAAUGUAUUCCACCGAGAUUUGAGGCCAAAAAAUAUUCUUGCUGAUGCUGAUUGUAAGUUAAAGAUUUGUGAUUUUGGUCUUGCACGUUUGUCAUUUAAUGAUGCCCCGUCCGCUAUUUUUUGGACUGACUAUGUUGCUACUCGUUGGUAUCGUGCACGUGAGUCAUGUGGAUCUUUUUUCUCUGAAUAUACACCUGCCAUUGAUAUAUGGAGCAUCGGAUGCAUAUUUGCAUAA